UGUUUCGCCGUGUUGGAAGCUAUUGAGGAGACAAAAGAGAUCCGGAGCCUGCAUGAGGACUAAACACAACAAGCGCACAUUUCCAACACCGCUGGCGCCUCGGCAACUUUUCACACAAGUCCUAGUUCACAACCAAAUAUUUAUUUAGAUCCUCCAUUGCGACGCAUUUCCUCGGCAGACUGCUGAUAAUGCCAAGUAGCACGACUUUGUUGGAGACAGAGGAGUCGGAGCUCCCGCCACUGGUUGUGCACGGAUUCACCGGCAUAGGCCUCGAUGAUCCAGGUACGCACAGUCACACUGAACAGACCGACACCCUCUCCCAUCAACGGUCUGUCUCGCAUUUCAGCCUCCUUGGUACGGUGCUGGACCUCCAGCCGAUACCGCGCCAUCAAACGGCACCGACGGGGGAGGACGAGGAGAGGACCGAUGAAGGUGUUCUGGAAGAAAACGGUACCAACACGCUUCUCGCGCAGGCCCAAGUCUCGGGACUGGGCUCGGUUAUGACAGCGGGGAUGGAGACGCCCGAAACAGUGCUGUUAUACAACGAUGAACUCAGCGAUGACUCGCUGCAACCGGCUACCGGGAUGAUGAUUUUAAAGACGGUAUACGGAGAGCCCGGGUAUGAAGUCGAUCCGCCCUUGCUCAUUCGGAGAAAGAGUGUUAAUACAACGGAGUGUGUCGGUGUGCCCAGUUCGGAACAUGUUGCAGAGAUUGUUGGCAGACAGGGCUGCAAGAUCAAGGCCUUACGCGCCAAGACCAACACCUACAUUAAGACCCCUGUCCGCGGCGAGCAGCCUGUGUUUGUGGUGACGGGCAGGAAGGAGGACGUUGCCAUGGCGAAGCGAGAGAUCCUCUCUGCAGCCGAACACUUCUCCCUCAUCCGGGCUUCCAGGAACAAGGCGGGGCCACUGACCACGGCCGGGCCCGGGGUCCCAGGGGUGCCCAGCCUCCCUGGACAGACCACCAUCCAGGUGCGGGUUCCCUACCGAGUGGUGGGCCUGGUGGUCGGGCCGAAAGGGGCGACGAUCAAACGUAUCCAGCAGCAGACUCACACCUACAUCGUGACGCCCAGCCGAGACAAGGAGCCCGUGUUCGAGGUGUCGGGCAUGCCCGAGAACGUGGACCGCGCCCGGGAGGAGAUCGAGGCACACAUCGCCCUCCGCACGGGGAACUCCGUGGAGGUGCCCGGCGCCGACGACAACGACUUCCACUACAACGGCACCGACGUCAGCUUCGAGGCGGCGGUUGCCGGGGGCUGCGGCGGGGCGUGGCUACAGGCGAACGCGGCAGCCCAGCGAGCGAGCGCGGGGGGCGGCGGCGGCGUGCGCAUGAGCGCCACGUACCGGAACGACAGCUCCAGCUCUCUGGGGAGCGGCUCCACAGACUCGUUCUACGGAGGGGGCGGGGCUAACCGCAUGGCUGACUUCAGCCCCACAAGCCCCUUCAACAGCAACAGCAACAACAACAACAGCAACAGCAGCUCCGGGGGCGGAGCUAGCUUCUGGUUCGGGGAGACCCUGCUCCCCCUGGGCCCGGCCGACGACAUGGCAGCGCUGGGGGCCGCCGGAUUCGAUUCCCUGAACGUGCCCGCCCCUCAAGCCCAGGUGGUGUGGAGCCCGUUCGAGCAGGCCCCCUCCCCAUUCGAGGGCCGCAAGCCCCUGGCUCCCCCCCUCCCCCAGGCCUCUGCCCCCCCCCGGGGGGACAGCCACCCCGAGACCCCCCGCCUCUCCCCCACCUUCCCCGAUGCCCUGGAGCACCCCCUGGCCCAGCGCGUCCAGAGCGCCGCCCCCAGAGCCGCCCCGAGCGCCCCCUCCCCUCCCUCCAUGUCUGACCUCCACAACUUCCCCUCCUACGGGCCCGCCUUCUCCUCCUCCAGCGACAGCGGAGCCUCCUCUUCCCCCCCCGACUCCUCCUCCUCCUCCUCUUCCUCCACCCACAGGGGCCGUCAGGAGUGCCUGCGCUGCCUGGAGAGCGAGCUCAUCGCCGCCCUUGUGCCGUGCGGACACAACCUCUUCUGCAUCGAGUGCGCCACCCGUAUCUGCCAGAGCCCCGACGCCCUCUGCCCCAUAUGCCAGGCCCACGUCACCCAGGCCAUCAGGCUGCGCAGCCUGUGAGCCAUGCCCAGGAAGGGAGCAGGGGACUGGGGUGAGGAGAGCCCCCUGUCGGCCUCUUAUCUUCCUCCCCCCGUGGGUUAGUUGGUCUGUGGAGGGGUCUGCGACCCUACCAUGUAGCAUUGGGACUCCUCUUUAUGGUUAUUCUUUUAUUCUCUAAAAUCCUUGUUAUUAAUAAUCUACCUACCAAUUUUAUUUUAUUUUAUUCUCAGAAAUGUUUUGAUUUUUUAUAAAAACAUCUGAUUUAUUUGACUGUUAAAAUUGAAUGUCGAAGCUGAACUCAACUGGCUUAGGAUCAAACGUUGUUUGUGAAGUUUUGUGUUUUGUUGCGCCCCUUUUUAACAUGGCUGCUGCAUUUGUUUUGACAUGACUAUCGCCCCCCUCUUCACCUCUGUGUGCUCAAAGUAGACAGGAUGGGCUUUCCGCAAGGAACCAGGAUGUGCCACUUUGCUACUGUCAUUGCUCUCCAUUGCUACGUAGUGAAAAAAAACAUCUGUUUACAGUAAACUUGUGCCUAAUUCCAUUUUGAGUUGAUCAAAGAACUCACAACUGGUUUCAUGGGCACAGUGUGUUACCAUAGACCUCUACAUAAAUCCAGAGGCCUUUUUUUAUUUUUUAGAAAGCUUGUAUUUUUAUCAAACGACCCUAAGCUCCUCAUUCCCACCCUGACCGGUAGAGGCCUGUCUGACAGGGGCGUUAGAUCCGCUCGGAAGGGUCAUCCCCACCCGGCCAGACCCGCUUCAGAUACCAUCCCACUAAACACCCGGGGUGAACUUGUUUCGGAUCAACCCGGCGAGACGCAACCAAUGGAACGGUUCCGAAAGUGCACAGUGAGAGCUCGAUCAAACGCACCCUUAAACUACCUUGGAAGUAUUUGUCCCCAGGUCCUCUUCUCCACCCCUGAAGGUGGGUGGCCGGUUGCUGACGCUCCAGCCAUCUCCAGUUCUGGUUUAGCCCCGUCCUCCCUGUACACAGGGUUGGGUGGGGUGGCAUUUUAACUGUGAAUGGGGCAGUAUGAGCCUGUGUUGAACGUGAACAGCCCUAUAGCAGACAUAGGGAUUGCCUGAUGCCUACUUAGAGACACACUCUUCAUUUGAGCUGCCUUCUCAUGUGCAAGGUUUUAACCCAUGUGCCCAAGCCAGCACAGUCAUUCUUUUAGUCUUUAUCUACUCGGCAACUGAUGACAAGGGCCUGCUGGGCGAAGAGUACUGAUUGUCUGAUUCCCCCCACAGUCCCCAUGUUGUGCACUUUUCCCCCUAGCGUAUUUAUCAUUGAGAAAGAAGAACUGGCUAGAAGGGCGUUGUAACCCAGCACCCUAUGGUCCAAUACCCCUCUCUCUUUCGAAUUCCCUGGUCCUAUCACACUCCUGCGUCAGGUGAAAACCGUCGUAUCCGAUUGGCUGGUUCCUCCCGUCACAGGAAGUAGAGGGGAGGAAGGUUUUGGGGGAGG